AUGCUUGGCACGCCAACUAUGUUCGUGGCGCCCUCUGACCAUGUUAAACGCGGCAGGAGUAAUGAUGAUGGUGGUGAUGGUGGUGAUGAUGAUUGUGGUGAAGGUGGUGGUGAUGAAGAUGGUGUUGGCGAUGGUGAUGGUGGUGAUGAUCAUGGUGUUGAUGAGGAAGGUGGUGAUGAUGGUGGUGAUGAUGAUAAUGAUUGUAAUGAUGAUGAUGAUAAAGGUGGUGAUAAUGAAGGUGGCUAUGAUGAAGUUGGUGAUGAUGCACGUGGUGAUGAUGAAGGUGGCGAUGAUGAAGUUGGUGAUGAUAAACGUGGUGAUGAUGAAUUAGGUGAUGAUUAA